AUGAUAAGUAAAUUGGAAAUAUUGCCAAAUGAAAUAUUUAUAAAUAUAUUAUCUUAUUUAACAUGGGAUGAAAUAUUAAUAUCAUUGUGGUCAUUAAAUAAACGUAUUAAUUCAAUUAUUUGUUUAAUAUUUACAAUAAAAAAAAAUGGAAUUACUUUUAAUUAUCCAGGUUUAUCUUAUCAAAAAAUUUCCGAAAUCUUAUUACCAUUAAUAUUUAAAUCUUCAUUACUUUGUUCUUCAAUCAAAUAUAUUCAUUUAAAUGGAAAUUACUCAAAUUCAUAUGAUCUUAUUGAUCGAUAUUUUUUUUAUAAUAAAGAUAAAGAAAGUUUUUGUUUUCCUAAUCUUAAAUCAUUAAAUAUCACUCAAUUUUUAUUAUCUAAAUCAUUAAUUGAAAUAUUAUCUUUACUUGUUCAAUAUCAAUUAAAUGAACUUAAAUUAAUAUACAGUGAAAAUGAGUAUCGACCAUUUGCAUAUCAAUAUAAACAUUCAUCAUUUAUAUUUAAUAAAAAAAAUUUAAUGGUUAUGUUUGAAAAAUUCUUAUGUCAAAUAUUUUCUGGUCAAUGUCAAUUAAUUUCUCUUCAACUUGACAUAAGUCAAUCAAAUUCUCUUAUUCAUCAAUGUUUAAAAUCACAUUCUUUAAAUUUGUCAUCAAACAAAAUUGAUGAUUUAAAUCAAUUGAAUUGUUUAACUUUACGUUAUUUACACAUUUGUAUUCAAUAUACAUAUUUUCUUGAACAUCUUAUUGAACAUGUACCCAAUCUCGAACGAUUAACAGUUCGUUUUCAACAUUCAUUGAAACCUUCUGACGAGUCUUAUUCAAAUAUUGAAAAGUUGACAACAUCAAACGAAAGUUGGUUUAAUAAAGUACCAAAAUUGAAAUGUUUUAUAUUAAAAACUCGUAUUUUCAACGAUUUAGAAUUUAUUUAUUUAAAAUGGCUUCUUAACAAUGUAAAUCAUAUUGAAAAACUUCAAAUUUCUUUAAUAGGUCAAGAAAUAUGGAGAAAUGAUCAAAUAAUAUGGAAAUCUGUAAUUGAUGCAAAUUUUAUUCGUCAAUAUUGUUUACCUGAUAAAAUAAUUAAUUUAAUUGAUUUUGAUUUUUAUAUUCGUUCAAAACGUCAAUUAUCUUUAAUUGAUAUUGAAAAAAUACAAAAUUCAUUUCAAAUUGAUUCUUUUUUUAUUAAACAUCAAUGGACAAAUGUUAGAUGUUUUUAUGAUGAAAAUAAAUCGUAUCAACAUUUAUUUUCUUUUACACAAAAUAAAUCUGAAUGUUUGUAUAUGUUAACUAAAUAUCGAUGUAUAGAUAAUUGGCCAAAUAUUCGAUGUAUUCAACUUAAUUUCCAUCCAUCACUUUAUUUAUUUCUUGAACAAUUCGAUGAAUUAUGUCCUAAUGUUUCUUCUAUCAUGGUUCGUCCAGAAAAUUACACUUAUGAAUCAAUGAUUACAGAGCCUUUAACAAUAUCAUUUGAAAUGGGACAACGAAGUUUAAAUGAUAUUCGAUUGGAAAAUGUUACAAAACUUCAAUUUGGAAGUUGUUGUUCUUGUAGUAGUGGUAUGUAUUGCUUAUUAUUUUUUCUAUUGACAAAAAAUGAAGCAAAAUCUUUGUUUUAA